AUGUCGAGUGAACGGGAACAAAGGGAAAAGUUCAUAGGUGUGGCCAGUGGUUUGGGCAAUAAUGUCAAUAAUAUGAUCGGUGCUGGGACAGUAUGGAGAAUGGUUGGCUCACCGUGGAUAGCUUUACUGUUGUGGUUGGUCGGUGGAAUCGCGAGCAUUUGCGGCACGUUAACGUAUACAGAGUUGGGAGCUCAGUUUCAAAUUGGUGCUGGGGAGACGACUUAUCUGGAAUCCAGCUUCCCGAAACCCCAUCUACUCCUCAGCUACUCGUUUACCAUGGUGUACAUAAUACUAAUUCGACCCGCUGCAAUAUCGGCGGCGGCAAAUGUUUGCGCUCAAUAUUUGCUAUUUACUCUGGGAUUAAAUGGCAACGAAGACGACUUAUACAAAGAUUUUCAUCCUCAAUAUUUUAAUGGACGCAACUUUUGGAGACUCAAGUUGACUACAGUGGCAAUUAUUGCGUUGAUAGCCCUGUACCAUUCACUUUCCAACAAAUGGUCGAAUAGGAUCAACCAGGCGUUGGUUACGACAAAAGUCUUAACGGUAUUAACUGUUGUCGUACUCGGAUUAUCAUUCGCAAAAGCAUCGGUGGAGACGGAGAAAAAUAAAAACGUAAAUUGGGGCUCGUUUUUUCCCGAUUCAGCCAAUUAUCAGAACAUCAGCGCUACGGAAUGGAUUCAAAGGUAUAUAACCGCAAUGCUGACGAUUCUGUUUGCAUACACGGGCUGGAAUAAUCUCAAUUAUCUUACUGAGGAAUUUGAUAGGGGAAAAUCCUCUAAAAAUCUCCUGACAAGUAAUGCAGGAGCAGUCGGGAUAGUCACAGUAUUAUAUCUGCUGGCUAAUCUCGCUUACACGGCGGUACUGAACGUUACCAGCGUAACCGGAAAUGGGUCGGGGUCGAAUCCUAACGAAAUUAUAGGCAUUUAUUUCGUCGCACAAAUCGCCCAAAAAAAUGUUCCCUUAACUGAAAUCAAAGAAGCGCGUGCGUUGAGUUUUUUCAUCGCUCUCAGUGCUUUCGGUGCUAGUGCUGUGUUGAUGCAAAGUGCUUCGAGAGUGGUAGAUUUAGCAGGCCAGCACAAAUACGUCCCAUUGAUUUCUAAGUGGUUGACUGGGUGGAAUGGCAAUCUAGGGACGCCCGUAAAUUCUUUUAUCGCACUCUUUGCUUGGUGCUCUAUAUUGACCUUGAUAGCUCCAGGCAACAGUCCAUUCGAAUUUUUAGUCAAGAUCGAGCAAUACGCGGAGUACUUUUUCUUCCUCCUCGCAGCUAUUGGUGCAUUGGUAUUACGAAGGAGAAAUAGAGAGCAAGAGAUACUUACAUAUAGAGCACCUUUAACUGUCAUAAUUCUUUUUAUUUUGUUCGCGUUGGCGAUUGUCAUCCUCUCGUGGGUGCCACCAAAGAGUGAAUCAUCUGAAUCUGUCAAUACUUAUGCCGCUUAUGGUACUAGCCUCGGAGUUAUGAUUUUGACUGGUGUGCUAUGGCAAUUUAUGAAAGGCGGAUUUACACGUGGCGGCAAUGAGAGCGAAAAAACAGAUACGGAACAUGGCCCCCCCGUUUGA